AUGGUUUCGACAAAUUCCGACAACUUUGGAAUUUUCCGGCGAGCUACAGUAUUUCCGGCACAGAACAUUGUUCUGUUUUCCUGCUGUAAUAGUGUGACUUAUUUCUCCCAAUCUUCAUCCGCUGAGUCUUGGGUUAUUGAUUCAGUCAUUCCAGCUCCACCACCUACAACUCCAGUUGUUGCUCCACCACCUAUAGCUCCAGUUCCACCACCUACAGCUCCAGUUGUAGCUCCAUCACCUAUAGCUCCUGUUCCUCCACAUAAUCCAGCUCAACCUUCUGCAGCUCCACCACUCUUGACUUAUCAUCCCUCUUUCUCCAGCUGUGAUAGUUCAGUAUUUGAUCCGUUGGGUAUCAAUUCAGGUAAAUCAUCCUGGGAUAAUUUGGUGAGCUUGUUCUUUGAGACAUUUGAAAGUUCCUCAAAUACUAGGAAAGACAAAACUUCAUCAGCUCGAGGGUUCGCAGCUGCAAUUGAAGAUACUAGCAUUGAUUUUGGGGACUUCUUCAAAGGUCCAUUACCAGGAAAGUUUCUAAAGCUAUUAGGCUUUUUAGCUUUGUCUCGACUCGGAAUCUAUGUACCGCUUGGUGGAGUAAAUCGGGAGGCCUUUGUUGGAAAUUUAGAUGAGAAUAGUAUAUUAAGUACUUUGGAUUCCUUUUCUGGUGGAGGCAUAGGUCGCCUUGGAAUAUGUUCGCUAGGUAUUGUUCCCUUCAUCAAUGCACAAAUUGUGUUUCAACUUCUUGCUCAAAUCUACCCCAAGUUGCAAGACCUUCAGAAAAAAGAAGGUGAAGCUGGAAGAAAGAAAGUUCUUCAGUAUACUCGCUAUGCUUCUGUUGGAUUUGCUGUAGUACAGGCAAUUGGCCAAGUAUUAUUCCUUCGACCUUAUGUCAAUGACUUCAGUACCCAGUGGGCAAUUUCUUCUAUUGUUCUCUUGACCCUCGGCUCUGUACUUACGACGUAUAUUGGGGAGCGAAUCACUGAUUUAAAACUUGGAAAUGGUACAUCCCUUUUGAUCUUUACAAAUAUCAUCUCCUACUUGCCAGCAUCCUUUGGUAGGACAGUCGCACAAGCAUAUCAAGAUGGUAACUAUGUUGGGCUUGUCGGCAUCCUAGUCUCGUUCUUCCUCCUAGUCCUUAGCAUUGUAUAUGUACAGGAAGCAGAGAGGAAAAUUCCGCUAAAUUAUGCAUCAAGAUAUUCUGGCAGAACAGGUGGAGGACUUCAAAAAUCUGCAUACUUACCGUUUAAAGUGAACAGUACAGGAGUAAUGCCGAUUAUUUUCUCUACAUCAUCACUAGCCCUUCCUGGCACCCUGGCACGUUUCACUGGUGUAGGUUUCCUGAGGAAUGCUGCAGCAGGUUUAAACCCUGGAGGUUCUUACUAUCUCCCGGCAAAUGUUUUGUUGAUUGCCUUCUUCAAUUACUAUUAUACAUUCCUGCAAUUGGACCCUGAUGAUGUCAGCGAACAAUUGAAGCGACAAGGUGCCUCAAUCCCACUUGUUCGACCGGGUAAAAGCACAGCAGCAUUCAUCAAGACGGUACUCAGCCGGAUAUCAGUUCUUGGUUCUGCAUUCUUGGCAGUUCUUGCUGCUGGCCCUGCUGUAAUUGAACAGGCAACACACCUCACUGCUUUCCGGGGCUUUGCAGGGACGUCAGUGCUUAUUCUCGUGGGUUGUGCUACAGACACUGCAAGGAAAGUGCAAGCGGAGAUUAUAUCCCAAAAGUACAAGAACAUAGAGUUUUACGACAUUGAUAAUAAAUAUUGAGUCGAGACAUCUGGUUAAAGCUGGAGAAAUGAGCCUGUAAUACAUAAAGAAAACAUAAAAGCCGGAAUACAAACUAGUUCAUUGAGUUUGAUCUGGACGCGAGAGCCUCUACUUUUGAUUCCCCUGCCCCCUACUUGUCUUAAUCAAUGUAUUCUAGUAGUCUCUGUAUUAACAACUUAGAUGUACAUGUUUCUUAGAUCUGUAAAAUGCAGACACAAAACUGCCAUCUUUUUUGUGUUUUAUUUUUUGUAUUUAGUCUCUACCCUGCAUUUCUGAAGGGGAACGUUGGCGUAGCUGGUAAAGUUGCUUCCAUGUGAUCGGGAAGUGACGGGUUCAAGCCGUGGAAACAACCUUUUGCAGAAAUACAGGGUAAGGCUGCGUACAAUAGACCCUUGUCGUCCGGUCAUUCCCGGACCUCGCGUAUAGCGGGAGCUUAGUGCAUCGGGUUGUCCUUUCUUUUAAUUUCCCUUUUCAAAUUA